UAUAACACUAAACAGUAUAUAACACUAAACAGUAUAUAACAUAUAUCAGUAUAUAAGUUUACAAUAGGAUACAUUGUGAGUAUAAUAAGAACAAUCAGUAAAACACUGGUUGUGAGUGUGUCAUAAUGUCCGAUCAGAAGAAGUCUAAGAAAGAGAAGAAGGAGAAGAAGGAGAAGAAGGAGAAGGCAUCGAAGUGCGAGGAUAAAGAAAGUAAGAAGGAGAACACGUCCGCAGUUAGAGAGUCCAAGAAAUCUAAGAAAGAUAGUAAGAAAUUAAAGAAUGCCCCGGAAGCCACUGCUGAAUGCACGAAUGAAGUAGUUGAUGCACCAAGCAAGAAGACCAAAAAGGAGAAGAAAGGCAAGAAGGACAAGAAAGUAAAGAGGGAGAAAGUGGAGAUAAAGCAGAACUCAGAUACAAAUAGUGCUGUUAGUGCGGAUAAGGGUGUGAAACGCAAACGAUACAAGUCUGUUGGGAGCGAUGGUCCGGGGGAAGGAGUAAGUGAGAGAGUGAGUAAGAAAGCCAAAGUAAGUCAGAAAGACCAGAAACCCAAAGCAAGUAAGAAAGACAAGAAGGAUAAGAAGAAGAAUAAGAAGUCGAAGGACAAAGACGCGGACGCCACGAAUGCUAACCAAGCAGCCACAGUCAGUAAUAGUGGUGGUAGCACCUCGGGUGAGGGGUCAAGCGAUGAUAUAGUGAGCUCUAGUAGCAGUGCCACAAGGACCGAGACCGCGGCGAGUACUAGCACAGUCACACCAACGGCAUGGAACGAUUGGACAAAAGCGAGCUUCAACGGCAACGAUAAGCAGAAGGACAAGUUCUUAGCUCUACUGGGAGGCAAGAAGAAGGACAAAGGGGGGGCUAAGAAGGGUCUAUUCGGGGGUCUGAAGAAGGCAGCACCCGUUAAACCGACAGGGUUGCACAUACCGUCGGCUAUUGAUGAUACAACGGGACAGCUGAUACAGCAACAGUUGUUGGGACAGUUUGAACACGCACUGGAGCAUCGAUACGAUCCCAAGAAUGGGGGCAAGACUGGCGGAUUGGGAUGGUCGAAUUAAUUGAGUGUUGAGGAGACAGAGAAGAUAUACAAUUGCUUUGUUUGUAUUGCUGUGGUUUCAUUGGCGAAUAAAUGUGAAUCGAAGUACAGUUCAGUUCGAAUCUUUAAAGAGUAUAUGUCAUC